UCUUCUCCCUUCUCUUCUUCGCAGAAUCCAAAACCAAAAUCGAAAGCAAUCGAGAGAGAGAGAAUUGAAAACUCAUCUGUUAAUUAAGUACCGGCGAAGCAAUGGUGUUUCCCGGUGAGAAAGAAGAAGAAGACUACACGACGACGGCGACGGGACACGAUACUCCGAAGAAGACUCUCCACAAUUUCUCGUUCGCGGACUUGAAGUGGGGUGCUCAGCGUAAUCUAAGGUGCACGAAGAUCGAAUCUAACGUCGCCGCCGCUGAUCAAAGACCACGACGCCGAUCCUCGCCUUCCGAAUUCGGCGACAAUCGGAGUCACGGCGGAGCGGAAGGGAUCGAGGAGGCGAAGGGAGAGGAUCACGAGGGAGAGAAGACGAGCAAGAAAGAGGGGGAGAGGGAGGUGUCUCCGCCGUGGAAUUUGAGGAAGAGGAGAGCGGCUUGCAAGGCUCCGGUAACAGAUUCCGAGGGGAUUCAGAAGGAGGAGAAUGGAGUGAGGCCCAAGUUUAACCCGACGCUGACGAAGAAAGAGGUGGAAGAUGAUUUCAUCGCGAUGACGGGUCAUAAACCACCGCGACGGCCCAAGAAACGGCCCAGAAACGUUCAGAAACAGAUCGAUCCGUUGCAUCCAGCUUCUUAUUUUGUUGAGGUUACUGAAGAUCUCUACGAUGUCCCGGACGUAGCCGAGAACGGAAAGAAAUGAUGACGACGAUGGAUGAAAGUUUGCACGGCUUUAUUUUACUGCUUGUGGAAUCUCUUGAAGUUGGAAGUGUGAUUAAAUCAAAAGAUGCUUUUUGAGUUUCUCAGUUUUGUUUCUUUAGCUAUUAGUUUUGGUUUUGGCUAAAUAACAUGUACAAAGAUAUGGGAGAAGUUGAGUAGGUUCUCAUGUAUUAAGGACAUACUCUUCUCUUUCAGUUAAUCAAUCAGCAACGAACACCCAAUAAUAAUAGGGGAUCAAUAAAAGGAUGAACAUUUCACCAAAUCUUGCCUUUUUUGUGACUAUCCAACCUCUGUAGGUUUAGACCAUUCCUCUGUCUUUCUGCUUAUUGAUUUGAUGCGUUCCAUUGAAUUUUUGUGAGUAUCCAACCGUGCUUGCCAUCAUUCAUGAUCACUUUGUUGCGAGAGAUAACUUGUGCGUGUGUGUUUUGGCCGUCAUGAUUCUUUCUAGUGCAUUCUGACUGUAUUAGAAGCUGGG